AUGGAAACGAGAAAUUGUUCGCUUCCAGCGCCGGGUUAUUAUUCGAGUAUGAUGCAUAACUUUCAUAUUGUUAGUUUCCCGAUAUACAUAGUCACCUUGAAUGCUUUGUUCCGAGAAAACUCUCAAAUAUUCACUACUUACAAAUACUAUCUCAUCGGACAUAUAAUAAUAAAUAUCAUAUCAGAGUCCUACGUGUCGUUUUUCAUGCUUCCAAUGACAUAUCUCCCACACCCGAUGUUUCGAAAUACUGGAUGGUUAGCUCAAUUUGGGUUUAGUGGAAUGUUUAUAUUUUAUGGAUUAGCACAGACUGUAAUGCUGACAGUUGGGUCUAUCCUGGAAAUGUUUUAUUUUCGAUUAAAACUUAUUGCAAUUUACAAAAAGGACUUGCUUAAAAAACUUCUCAGAUUAGAAGUGCUAAUGUAUCGCACACUUAUAAUUCUACAUCCUAUUUUUACUACUGCAACAAUGAACUACAGUAUUGGUGUUGAGAAACGUGCAACAGAAAAGUUAUUCAAAGAACACCCCGAGUUACCACCUGAGGUUACUUGCUACUCCGUCAUUAUGGCAGUAUUUGAUGACUACGUGACGUACAUUGUCACUGUCAUUUAUGGAAUCGGAGUAAUUCUCCAGUUUACUGUUUCAGGAGGAGUUCUGAUGUAUGUUUUGAAAGUUGUGAAAGCUGCACAAGGAAUGUCUGCUUCUACAAUUUCGUUGCAGAGGAUGAUGGUGUUCAGCUUGUUUAUUCAGGGUACAAUCCACGGGAUGAUGAUAAUGGUUCCGACAAUGUUCCUCAUAUACGCGCUGUUCUUUAAUUCAGCUCAGAACGAUCUAGCACUCAUCCUUCUAAUGUGUGUAGCAUAUCAUGGAUUUGUUUCAACUUGUGCAAUGAUAAUCUUCACUAAACCCUUACGAGAAAGAAUUGUGCCAUUCAUCAGGUUUGGUGCUCCAACUGAACCGAGCAAUGUUUCUGGGAUAAUAAGUUCAUCGACUCGAGAUGUAUCAUCUAAUCAUAGCCGUCUCUCAAGACAGAACAAUCGGGAUAAUAAUCAGGUAUAA